AUGCCUACGGCAACGAAAAGAUUGAUGUUCUUAACCAGCUUUGUCACAAGCUUGGGGGCUUUAAUCGUAGUUUGUUCUAUUCUUACAACUCAAGAAUGGAUCCGCAGUACGGUUGUCAUUAGUGAGACUUCUUCGAAUGGUAGCGUGAUUAUCACCUACGGACUCUUUCGUGGGAAGAGUAUUCAAGAAUUGAAUCAUGGACUUGCAGAAUCAGACAAAAAUUUUGAAGUUUUAGGAACAUUGAGCAGUUCUUCCCCAAAGACUCUGCACUUGGUGGUCAUCCUGUUCCUGGUCCUUAGUUUGUUCACUUCGCUGUUGAGCUCUGUGUUCACCUUCUACAACAGCUUCAGCAACCCCUAUCAGACGUUCUUGGGACCGAUGGGGGUGUACACCUGGAACGGACUCAGCGCAUCCUUCAUAUUCAUAAGCAUGGUGCUCUUUGUGGGGAACACACAAUCCAAUCAUCUCUCAGAGGAGCUGGCCCAGAGGCUCUACCCACUUUAUCCAGCAGUCACUCACCAAGGAACCUCCCACAGUUACGGAUACUCAUUCUGGCUCACCCUGCUCGUCAUUCUUCUAAACAUAGUCACCGCGGUCAUCAUCGCCUUCUUCCAGAAGGCCAGAAAGCAGUGGAAGAAGGAGCAGAAAAAGCCCAUGGAAUAUGCCCCAAGGGAUGGAAUUUUAUUCUGA